UAUCUAAUCCAUUAAUCACUUUGCUUCACCUCCUCCUAAUCUUAAGCCCUAAUUGAACCAAUCGAGCGUUUCUCUCAUGGCGGAUCAGAGCAGGAAUACUUCUCCUGAGAUAUUCGAGCUCAACAAUGGCACCAUGCAUGUCAAGAUCUCAAAUUAUGGCGCCACAAUCACCUCUUUGUCUGCCCCCGACAAGAACGGGAAAUUGGCUGAUGUAGUUCUCGGAUUCGACUCGGUGGAUCCAUAUGUGAAAGGCCUUGCACCUUACUUUGGAUGCAUAGUUGGCCGUGUGGCAAAUCGGAUCAAAGAGGGAAAAUUUACUCUGAAUGGAGUUGACUACACUCUGCCCAUCAACAAGCCUCCCAAUAGCCUCCACGGUGGUAACAAGGGUUUCGACAAGAAAACAUGGGAAGUUGCAGGGCACAAGAAAGACGGCGAAAAACCAUUCAUCAUUUUCAAAUAUCACAGCGACGAUGGAGAAGAAGGUUAUCCAGGAGCAGUUUCUGUCACAGCUACAUACACGCUCACGUCAGCCACGACCAUGAGACUUGACAUGGAGGCAGUUCCGAAAAACAAAGACACUCCGAUCAGCUUAGCACAGCACACAUACUGGAACUUGGCAGGUCAUGACUCUGGAAACAUUCUUGACCAUAGCAUCCAGAUUUGGGGGUCUCAUAUUACACCGGUGGAUCAAUACACAGUGCCUACGGGAGAGAUUUUGCCUGUAAAGGGAACUCCUUUCGAUUUCACGGAGGAGAAACGGAUAGGCGAGUCUAUAGGAGAAGUGGGACUCGGAUAUGAUCACAACUACGUGUUGGACUGUCCUGACAAGGAGAAGGAUGGGCUUAAACACGCAGCGAAGCUGAGAGACGGUGCAAGCUCGAGGGUGUUGAACUUGUGGACCAAUGUACCGGGAAUGCAGUUUUAUACAGGGAACUAUGUGAAUGGAGUGGUUGGGAAAGGAAACGCGGUUUAUGGGAAGCAUGCGGGUGUGUGCCUUGAGACGCAGGGUUUCCCGAACGCGAUUAACCAGUCGAAUUUUCCGUCUGUUGUGGUUAAGGCUGGUGACAAGUACCAGCACACGAUGCUGUUUGAGUUUUCGGCUUGAGUGAGUGAAGCUGGUGGUUUUAGAUGGACUUUUAGGUGAUAUAUAGAUGAACUGGAAUAAAGAACCGGUUCAUAGAACCGGAAAGGGAUUGAUUUUAAGUUUUUUUUUUUUUUUUUUUUUAUCUUUUGCUCGUUGUGGCGGGGAACAAUAAACUGAACCGGAUAUUGAUUACUUUUAGUUUUUUG